UGUUCUUCGAUUAUUCCUAUUUCUAUUUUUAAUACUAAUAAAUCCAUGUACAUAAUUCAAUUAGAAUAAUAAAGUUCUUGUAUGAGACUCACCGACUUCUAUGUUAUUUGAGGGGUAUAAUGACAAGGAAAAUCGUUAUCGAUAGACGGAUUAUCGAACGGAACAGCUAGAAAUCCCCCCACCAUAGCCCAUACAAGGCCAUAGCAGCCCACCGUCAUGCGAAACAUCUCAACACUUCAAUCUCCCAGGGCCAUUAUCUUCCGUAGAAAAUCACUCAACAUUCCUCACCUCCUUUUCUUCUUUUCUUCCUUAGCCCCCCUUACUAUUCCAAUUAGUUUCCUAUCAUCAGUAGAAAAAAAAGCUUAUUAGGAAAAAAGCAAGAAUGACUACACCAAAGCAAAAGGCCUGUUUGAUCGUAAUUGAUGGUUGGGGUAUCCCUUCCGCCGACUCUCCCAAAAAUGGCGAUGCUAUCGCUGCCGCCAAGACCCCCGUCAUGGACGAAUUAUCUAAGAGCGCUACCGGUUUCACCGAAUUAGAGGCUUCCUCUCUUGCCGUCGGUCUUCCCGAGGGUCUAAUGGGUAAUUCGGAGGUCGGUCACUUAAACAUUGGUGCUGGAAGAGUCGUAUGGCAAGAUGUCGUGCGAAUCGACCAAACCGUCAAAAAGAAUGAGCUUGGAAGCAAUGAAGUUAUCAAGAACGUUUUAGAGAGGGCCAAGAAUGGUAGCGGUAGACUCCACCUAUGCGGUCUAGUCUCCCACGGUGGUGUACACUCCAAGCAGACCCACCUGUACGCGCUCCUAAAAGCCGCCAAGGCCGCUGGAGUCCCCAAGGUUUACAUCCACUUCUUUGGUGACGGCCGUGAUACCGACCCCAAAUCUGGAGCUGGCUACAUGCAAGAACUUCUCGACACAAUAAAGGAGAUUGGAAUUGGUGAAAUUGCUACCGUUGUUGGUCGAUAUUACGCUAUGGACCGAGAUAAGCGAUGGGACAGACUUGAGCUUGCGCUCAAGGGUAUGGUUCUAGGUGAGGGAGAAGAGAGCUCAGACCCAGUCAAGACCGUCAAGGAACGAUACGAGAAGAACGAGAAUGAUGAAUUCCUCAAGCCCAUCAUCGUCGGCGGUAAGGACGCCCGAAUCAAGGACGGCGAUGAGGUCUUUUUCUUCAACUACCGAUCCGACCGUGUCCGACAAAUCACUCAACUGCUUGGAAAUGUUGACCGAUCUCCCAAGCCUGACUUCCCCUACCCCAAGAUCAACCUUGUUACCAUGACACAAUACAAGGUUGACUACCCAUUCGAGAUUGCCUUCAAGCCCCAACAUAUGGGUAACGUGUUAGCUGAAUGGCUGGGUAAGCAAGGUGUCAAGCAAGUCCACGUCGCUGAGACAGAGAAGUACGCUCACGUUACAUUCUUUUUCAACGGUGGUGUUGAGAAGGUCUUCGCCUUGGAGACCCGAGACGAAUCUCAGGACUUGGUGCCCUCCAACAAGAGCGUUGCUACCUAUGACAAGGCUCCUGAGAUGAGCGCCGAUGGUGUCGCGAAGCAGGUCGCUAAGCGAUUGGGCGAGCAACAAUUCCCGUUUGUCAUGAACAACUUUGCUCCCCCUGACAUGGUUGGACACACCGGUGUUUAUGAGGCUGCUAUCAUCGGAUGUGAAGCCACCGACAAGGCCAUCGGUCUAAUCCGCGAUGCUUGCAAGAAGGAAGGCUACAUACUCUUUAUCACUGCCGACCAUGGUAAUGCUGAAGAGAUGAAGUUCCCUGACGGCAAGCCUAAGACUUCUCACACCACCAACAAGGUCCCCUUCAUCAUGGACAACGCGCCUAAGGGUUGGUCAUUGAAGAAGUCUGAUGGUGUUUUGGGUGAUGUCGCUCCGACAGUCUUGGCUGCUAUGGGUCUACCCGUGCCCGAUGAAAUGACUGGCCAAAGUCUCUUGGUCGUUGAAUAAACGACAUGGUUUAGUAAAGAAGAAUAUUAGGUAGUGGGUACUGUGAUCAGGGCAACGGGUUAGGUGAGGAGUUGAUAGAAUUAAAGAUGGCUUGGGAGGCGUAGAUACCAAGGAGUAGUAUAAACUAAAUAUACACGGCUAUUUUAUAAGGAAAUAUUAGUAUAAUUGCCAUUUAUUCGAAGGUUGAUUACCGAAUUGUUUGAUUUGAUAGUUGGUUUCCUCAAACC